AUGAUGGAGGACCAAACAAACACCCAGGACAAGCCCGCGCAAGAGGCCGCCGUGCCUAACAACAACGCUCCAGCUCAAGAGUUCUCGAUACCGAGUCACCCCAUGCCUGAUCCAUCCAACGGCUUUAAUCCCAACCUUCACACCGCGCCCAUGGAUCAGGUUCUUCCCGAGGCUCUUCAGGAGGUCAUCCCCGGUGCUAUGCCUGAAAUGCUCCCCGGCAUGUUGCCUACGGGCGAGAUGUUCAUGCCUCAGCUUCUCCCGCCGGAUGCCCAACAAAUGCUCAUCAACAAUGGCGCCUUGCCCGGUAUUCCUGCCAACGCCAUGAGCGCAGAUGAGAUUGCGCUCUACGACCGUCAAAUCCGCCUGUGGGGCAUGAAGGCUCAGGAGAAGAUCCGUAACGCCAACAUCCUCCUCAUCACCAUGAAGGCUCUAGCAAAUGAGAUUGCAAAGAACCUCGUCCUCGCUGGUAUCGGAUCUCUGACCAUCCUCGAUGGCGCCGCUGUCUCAGAGUCGGACCUGGGCUCGCAAUUCUUCCUCUCUGAGGAGGAGAACCAUGUUGGACAGAACCGCGCGCAGGCCGCCGCAGCCGCCAUACAGAAGCUUAACCCGCGCGUCGCGGUUCACAUCGACGCAGAGGGCAUCAAGUCCAAGGGUACAAGCUACUUUUCCGGCUUCGAUAUCGUAAUCGCCACCGAUCUGGAUCCUGACUCCCUCAACAUCAUUAAUACCGCCACCCGCCUGCACCAGAAGUCCUUCUACGCCGCCGGCACUCACGGCAUGUACGGCUUUAUCUUCUCCGACCUUAUCGAGCACGACUACGUCAUUGAGAGGGACCUCGGCAACGUCGCAACCAAGCUACAGCCCGAGACGAGAACCCGCAGCGUCAUCGCCGUUAACACGAAGAAGGAGGGCGGCAAGACGAUCGAGGUGGUCACGAAACGCGAGCUCUACUCGACCUGGUACCUUGCUAGUGACGGUGCCACGUUGCCUGAGGAGUAUGCGAAGAGCGUGCGGCGGAGGAAAGCUGUCAGCCCCGUCAUCUCCUGCCUGCGAGCUCUCUGGGACUUCCAGGUCCUUAACGGCGGUCGUCUUCCUAGUCAUACUAAGGAGGACCUAGGCCUCUUUACCAAGCUGGCAACGGCCAAGCACGCCCAGCUCGGCCUCCCCUCCGAGACUCUUCGUUCCGAGAUUCUGCGUAGCUUCUUGCAGAACAUCGGUAGUGAGAUAGCUCCCGUCACGGCCAUCCUCGGAGGACAGCUUGCCCAGGACGUCAUCAACGUUCUCGGCCAAACACAGCAGCCCAUUCAGAACAUGGUCGUCUUCGACGGCAACAGCAUGGAAGCUUCCGUCUACCCUCUACAUCCCGUUGGCGAGCUUGGCCGAGGGCUGCUGUCACUCGCGGGCGCGGGCGGUCUCAUUCCGAACGGUGGCGGAAUGGUUGGACCCGAUCCUGGCAUGAUGAUGAACAUGGACGGCACGGUGGACUUUAACAAUCCGAUCAUGACUCAGUAG